GAGAGGGCGUUCACGAGCCCGCAUCUGGUCCCACCGAGGCGGAUGUAACCUCCACCCCGACACCGCGGCUCCUCACGCCGCGCACGGCCUACCCCCGCCGGCCCGCCCUUCCCCGCCUCUCAGGGCGGCCGUUACUACUCCGCCGCUUCCCGCCUCCUGCCUAGCGGGCCGCAGCACGCAUGCGCCCUCUGCCGCUGCCCCCUUGACCGCUGGAGGCGCUGCCGUCCGCCCGUGUAGGGCUGGAUGGGGCGGGGGGCGGGUCUGCGACCGUGAUGGCGGCGGCCGGGGGAGGUGGGGAGCGGAGCAGCACCCGGGAGCGGCUGCUGGCGGCGCUGGAGGAUCUCGAACUCCUGGCCAGUCUACCAUUAGAGGUAACGGCCUCAAGUUGCACCAGAGGAGGUCCAGGUUGGAUAUUAGGAAGAAUUUCUUCCCAGAAAGAGCGAUGAGGGAACUAAUUGAAAUUUUGGCAAUUUCAAGAAACCAGAAGCUUCCACAACCAGGAGAAGAGAGCCAGAUCCUGGAGCUGCUGAUUCAGAGAGAUGGAGAGUUUCAAGAGCUAAUGAAGUUGGCAGUUGAUCAGGGGAAAAUCCAUCAUGAAAUGCAGCUUUUAGAAAAAGUAGUAGAAAAGAGGGAUAAUGAUAUUCAGCAGCUGCAGAAGCAACUGAAAGAAGCAGAGCACAUACUGGCAACAGCUGUUUACCAAGCAAAGGAGAAACUGAAAUCAAUUGAAAAGGCAAGGAAAGGCGCCAUUUCAUCUGAAGAAAUAAUUAAAUAUGCCCACAGGAUCAGUGCUAGUAAUGCUGUUUGUGCCCCUCUGACGUGGGUACCAGGGGACCCACGCAGGCCAUAUCCUACAGAUCUAGAAAUGAGGAGUGGUCUCUUGGGUCAGAUGAACAACCCGUCCACUAAUGGGGUUAAUGGACACUUACCAGGGGAUGCACUUGCAGCAGGCAGAUUGCCAGAUGUGCUUGCUCCUCAGUAUCCUUGGCAGUCAAGCGAUAUGUCAAUGAACAUGCUACCUCCUAAUCAUAGUAAUGACUUCAUGUUGGAGCCUCCGGGACACAAUAAGGAGAAUGAAGAUGAUGUAGAAGUGAUGUCAACAGACUCCUCAAGCAGCAGCAGUGACUCAGACUAGGUACAGGAGGGACGGUAUCCCUAGCAGACCUUUCCUGUGGUGAAGGUGGCUUGGAUGCUGUGCAGGGUGAAGAUGCAGCUAGCUGAAAAAUAAGAGUGGCUAAUUUCAAACCACGAACUUCCAAUGGUUUUUUUUUUUCCCAUUAGAUGUUCAACUAAAAUGACUGGGAGCUUUCUGCUGGAUGAGGGAUGACAAAUUUCCAGUGAUGGUGUAAAUGUGUGAAUGUGUAUGUUUGCAAGAGAUGUGCGCGUGUGUAUAUAUAUAUAUUUACUAUACACAUUAGAUGACAAAAUUCCUGGGAAAAAAAGGUGUAAGGGGAAUCCCCUUGUAUGUUUGCUAGUAACUUACUCUUUUGAAGACAGCCUUUUCUAUGGCACAGAAAUAAGGCAUAACAUUUGUAAUUUUAAUACCUUUUUUGUUACUGCCGAAAUGCAUGUUGUUAAUCACCCAGUGUGUUCUGAGAACAAAACUAUGGCAAUAAGGUGUUUAAAAAAUAAGUUUGUAAUUAUUGUAAUAUAUAAUAAACUCACCUUUGAUGUAA